UCUCGCAUGCAAGUCAAUAAAGAGAGUUUGGAAGUUAAGAAAGACGAGAAACAGACGGUUUCUGUUUAUGUAACCCCUACGGACUUCCUCCCUGACGCUGUCUACAAUAUAUUAGUCGUUGCAUUUUUAGACUUGAUGAAGGUCAAAGGUAAAAGUAGCGAAGCAGAAUUGUAUCAAAAUUGCAGUGAUUUUGAUUUAGAUGACGAUCACUUGGUGAGUCUAGGCGCUGUCAAAAUUGAGAACAGACACGCAUUGAAGCUUGAAAUAUCGCAUUUAAUUGACCAAGAUGGAAAUGUAGUAGCUGAGCCUCAUCCAAGUUUCUGCAUUGAGAUAUUAGACUACCUCAGAGAUCAACUGAAAACAGUGUAUGGCACAACAGAAGGGAUUGGCUACAAGUUGCGCGUCCUCUGUAGUGCGUGUCAACCAACACAGAAACCUCAUUUACACGAUCUGGAGGAUUGCUUGAAGAAGAAGAUUCGAUGUGGAAGAAAGGCAAUGAACACAUCUCGCCUCAAAAGACUAUUUUCAGCAGAGUCUUCUGAAAGUACUGAUGCCUCAUCCAAAACUUUGCAGCCAGUGCCCCCGGAAAAAGUUUACCCAGACAGAUUAAUCAGUGAGUCUGAAUUAAACACAUUUUCUGGAAAAUUGGGAGCUGAUUGGAAAAGCUUCGUACGUAGUCUUGGACUGAAAGAUAAUGAGAUCUUCCAUGCGUGCCCUGUGUAUUCCCCAGAAAGAGAAAAGAUAUUCUGCUGUCUGCUCAAGUGGAGAGAUCUAGAAGCCGGCAAUGCGACUGUCAAAGCGCUCGUUGAAAAGUGCACUGAACAUCAAAUUGACGUAGAUGUUUAUGAGUUUCUCUUAGAAUGAAGUUGAACCUUUAAGAGAUUUAAGUUUGGCCUAAUUGUUUACGAUAAGCUUCGUCAAAUGAAGAGAUCGAGAAACCCAUAAUGCGAAUUACAAAGCACUUGUUGAAAAGUGCAUUGAACAUCAAAUUGACGCAGAUGUUCGAAUUUCUCCUGGAAUGAAGUUGAACAUUUUAAAAACUAAGUUUUAGGCCUAAUUUUCACACGAUAGGCUAUCAGCCUUGUUUGAUGAGAGGCCACAUGCAUAAUACUUUAAGCUAUGAAAAACGUAAGCCUAUAAUUAAAGUUGAUAUAAUGAAUCAUAUUUAGUACAUGAUAUUUGCUGAUAUUGAAAAUGUUCUAUAAAAACGAUGCGGAGUUUGUUUAAUGUUAUUUCCAUGCUUAAAGUUUGUGCAAAGAAUAUACCUAAAUAUAAUUAUUUGUCAAUUUCUUUUAUUCUCUUUAUGAUUUUGGUUGUGGAAGUUCGUAUUCCAUUUUGUGCUGAUUUCCAACUACGAAGACGCUCUAAUGUACUUAUGUUUGAUAUUUCUAAUAUUUCUGCCUAUCUUGUUCUUUAAUUUAGUGGUACUUUUGUAAAAUAGAAUCGUGUACAAUAGGCCGGUUUUGUUUUUUUUAAAUAACAUUUUUCAUUAUUUUCGUUUAAAUUGUAGGUAAUUUCAUUAUGAAUAUUUUAUUUUUGUUAAAUAUUUUUUUUAUUAUAGCUUAUGCUCACUAUUAUAGCUCCAUACUAUAAUACGUUUGGCUAAAUUUCAUUUUUUAAAUCAGGUUAAGGCAUUUUUGAAAAUAAUUGUGUGGAAUUAUUAAGUGUAUUUUUAUAAUGUCUACCUAAUUAUAAUUUUUUUUUCUAAAAUCUCAUCUUUAAGUAGCUUAUGGUAAUUCCAUUGUGUAUAUUAUUGUUAAAAUGUAAUUGUUAUUAACGUAUUAUAAAAGGCUGUCAUAUAUAUAUUUUUUUAAGUUGAAAAAUGAAAACUUCUAAACUAGUAGUAAAACUAUUUCUGCAUUAUUAUUAUUCCUCAUGAAAAGAGCAGUAUGAAAAAAAUGGUAAAUAAAUUAUUAACUUUACUACAAUUUUGAGCAUAUCUUUCUUCACUGAGGUAUUUUGUUAAA